GAGUACGAUAAUAUUCAGUAGGUAUGGUAGGAUAAUAGGUAUCCAAUACCUAUUUACUAUCAGGAGUGUCAUUAAUAACAUGAAGUAGUUGCGGUUGAGAAUUUGAGAUAAAAGAAAAAGUAUUCUAAUUCCAAACACUAGUGAAAAUUGUAUUGUCAAGAAGUCUGGUUUAUUUGAUAAGUUUAGUGUUUUAAAUCGAAUUAUAUUAUUGUUAUUUUUUAAGUUUAUUUUCUUUGCUUAAAAAUAUGAAUGUAUAGCAAAAAUGAUUCUCUGAGAUGUCUACCAAACCGCGAUUCGUCAUGAAUCACCUAAAAAUUUUUGUCUCAGUUUUAGUGAUACAUUUGUGUUUCGUACAAUGCGACGAACAUAAUCAUGUGGUAAGAACAAUAAUUAUUUUAAUUUAUAAUAACUUUUUGUUUUGGAUAAUUUGACUAUAAAUUGUGUCUUGUAAAAUUUAACUUAAUGAUAAAAAAAAAAUUGCUGAUGUGGCUAAUUAUGAAGUACUAAGAUAUCAGUAUAUUUUAUAUUUUCAAAUUCAUACGUUUGUGUAUAGGAUUUAUUCUAUAACAAUAUUUCUUAGUAUUUUAUAUUUAUAAUAACCAAUUCUAUUACCUAUAUUAUAAAUAGGCCAAUGAAUGAUAAUUGACAUAUAAUACAUACUUUUAUUUUUUAUCUAUAUGUUAUUAUUUGUUAUGUUUAGUAUAAAGACAACGAAGAAGUGGUAUUGUGGAUGAAUACUGUUGGUCCAUAUCAUAAUCGACAAGAAACAUAUACUUAUUUUAGUUUACCAUUUUGUGCUGGUAUAAAAGAUUCAAUUAGCCAUUAUCAUGAAACACUCGGUGAAGCUUUACAAGGAGUUGAACUUGUAUACAGUGGUUUGGAUAUGCACUUUAAAGGUACUUAUAAGUGUAGUUAUCUAAUCAUAAUUACUUAAAUGGUUUGUAGAUUAAGUAAUACUUUGUUCAUUACUAUUUUUAUUUAGAUGACAUUUCUAAAAUUGCUUUCUGUCAAGUAAAUUUGAAUGAUGACAAAUUAAAAGCAUUUGUGUAUGCUGUACGUAAUCAUUACUGGUAUCAAAUGUAUAUUGAUGAUCUUCCUAUUUGGGGUGAACAUUUUUAUUAUACCUAACUGAUUUGUUUUUUUAUUUAUAAUUAUGGUUGAAUUUUAGGUAUUGUUGGGGAAAUUGAUGAAACCAAUAACAAAUAUUAUAUUUGGACACAUAAAAAAUUUGAUAUUGGUUACAAUGACCACCAUAUUGUUGAUGUAAAUUUGACUUCCGAAACAAAAGUUGAACUUAAAGUUAACACUAAUAUUGAAUUCACAUAUGAAAUCAACUGGAAACCUUCUUCUAUUACUUACAAAGAUCGUUUCAAUAAAUAUUUGGAUCCUAAAUUCUUCCAACAUAGAGUAAAUUUAUUAAUUAUAUUCAUUUUUUGGUAAUUUAUAUAAGUGUAUUUAUUAAUUAUUUUAGAUUCAUUGGUUCAGUAUUUUCAACAGUUUUAUGAUGGUUAUAUUUUUAGUUGGAUUAGUAUCUAUGAUUUUGUUGCGUACUGUACGUAAGGAUUAUGCUCGUUAUAGUCAAGAUGAAGAAGUUGAUGCUAUGGUAUACAAUUUGUUUUAUUUAAUUAAACACUUUCAAAUAUUGUAACUAAUAUUAAAUAAUAGGAAAAAGAUUUGGGUGAUGAAUAUGGCUGGAAACAAGUUCAUGGCGAUGUUUUCCGUCCAGCAUCUUAUCCAAUGUUAUUCUCUGCCAUAAUUGGAUGUGGGCACCACAUUACUCUAGUUACUCUUGUAGUCAUAAAUAUUACAAUAAUUGGAGAUUUGUACACUGAGUAAAUAAUUUAGUAAUAUUUUGUAUUUAAAUUUGGUUAAAAAUAUUUUUUAAUUUAUAGACGAGGAUCAUUAUUAGGCACAUCAAUAUUUGUAUAUGCAGUUACUUCUCCUGUUAAUGGUUAUUUCGGUGGAGCUUUAUAUGCGAAAAUGGGUGGACGUAUUUGGAUUAGACAAAUGUUAUUAUCUGCAUUUUUAUUACCAUCAAUGGUGUGUGGUAUGGCCUUCCUUAUUAAUUUUAUUGCAAUCUACUAUCACGCUUCUCGUGCUAUUCCAUUUGGUUCUAUGGUGAGUAAUGAUUUUUGUAGAUUAUAUAUCAUUUUUCUAAUAACUACAUUUUAGAUUGCUGUGGCAUGUAUAUGUGUUUUUGUGAUAUUACCUCUUACAUUGGUCGGAACUUUACUUGGUCGCAAUUUAUCUGGUCAACCAGAUUAUCCUUGCCGAGUAAAUGCUGUGCCAAGACCUAUUCCAGAAAAAAAGUGGUUUAUGGAACCUUUAAUAAUCACAAUGCUUGGUGGAAUAUUGCCUUUUGGGUCAAUAUUUAUUGAGAUGUAUGUUAAAAUACAGUAUAAAAUAUUUAUUGAUAAAAAACUAACUAUGGUAUAUCUAAUUUUAGGUAUUUUAUAUUUACUUCUUUUUGGGCUUAUAAAAUUUACUAUGUUUAUGGAUUUAUGCUGCUAGUUGUUUUGAUUCUUAUGGUAGUUACAGUUUGUGUUACAAUUGUGUGUACAUAUUUUCUACUUAAUGCUGAAGAUUACAGAUGGUAAGUUUAAUAAUAAUAAUAAAAAUAUGAUGGAAUUUUAUUAGUUUUAACUUUAUUUAUUUUUAUUGUAGGCAAUGGACAAGUUUUGCAGCAGCAGCUUCCACUUCAUUUUAUGUUUAUUUGUAUUCGUUUUAUUAUUUUAUGUUUAAAACAAAGUAAGUUAUUUUUAAUUUAAAAAUAUUAUUUAUGAUUUAUGUUUUAACUGAUUUAUGUCUGGUGGCUCUAGUAAAGGGGUGAUAGUUGAAUAACCCUCUUUCCUUUGGCUUGUGUUUAUGUGUAUUUAUAUAUACUUUAAUAAUUACUACACUUCUAUUUGAAACAUGGUAGAUAGAGGCUUUUUAAAAACCACCUUGUCUUAUGUUUUUUUUUUAUUAGGAUAGACAUACACAUUACUCAUUAAAAAUGUAAUAUGAUUUUUUUCUUUUAUUUGAAGUUAAGUAAUUUAACAAUUAUAUAUUUUUUAGAACCUUUUAUAAUAUAAAUUGAAAUCUAAUGUGUUAUAAUUUUAUGAUAUAUUUGUUAUUUUUUAUGUUUCAGAAUGUAUGGACUUUUUCAAACAGCAUUCUAUUUUGGUUACAUGGCAUUAUUUAGCAUUGCUUUAGGAAUUAUGUGUGGUACUGUGGGUUAUAUAGGAGCUCAUGCAUUUGUACGUAAAAUUUACACUACUGUCAAAAUUGAUUGAUUACCAACCAUAUAACCAUGUAAUGAUCACCAUCUGUUUAAUCACAACUGAAACAGUGGUUUUACGUUAUGUAAGUUAAUAAAUCGCAGAACACUCAAAUUUUAUGAUUAUCACUUUUUAAUUAUUUUAUAUUUCCUUGUAAAUGUUUUAUUCUUUAUUGAAUAAAAUAAAUAUGUACGGACUAAUGUGUUUUGUAAAUUUUAAAAUGAUUAUUCCCAAUUUAGUUACCGAUAAAUAUGAAGUUUUAUCUAUAAAUCAAACAUCAAAAUUGUAUCUCACAUUUUCAUAAUGUUUAUUUUAAUAUUAAACACAUUUGUCUCUUUACAGCAGUGGUUUUCAACCUUUUUAAAGUGUAAAACUUGGUUAUAUACUCACAUAUUUUAUGAUUAUACUGUAUGCUUUGCACAAUUGGCAUUUUACUAAUAAAUUAUAGGUAUAUAAAUAUUUAAAAUAAUUAUAUUUUAAAUUAAGUAACAAUGUAUUGUUUAUUGGUCUUGUAUAAUACAAUAAUACACAGUAAAUAAAUUAUAGGAACAAUUAACAACACAUAACAUCAAUAUAACAGUAUAAAGUAUUAACACAAAUUAAUUUGCCUAAUUAAUUUCAAGUUAAUUAAAAAUUAUAUUUGUGAACAAAUGUUUUUACUUUCAAGUUAUAACUAAAAAGUAUUUCAUUUAAUGAUUUUAAUAUUUUACACUCAUCCUAGAAAAUGAUGUUUAUGUUUUGAAUUAUUUUUAAAAUAUAUUACAGUGUAUUUAUUUUUUUAUUAUAUUCUAAUCAGUAAGAAAUUUAAUGGUUUUACUAUUAUGUUUUUUUCUUUUUGAGUGUGUUAAAUUAUCUAAUAAAAUCAAUCAUCAAUUUCAGGGGUGGUUUCUGGCAGAAAAUUUAGUGUAGUUGGUGUACUAGGAAGGUAAUUUUUGAUUUUUCUAGUAGUUUUUUUAAUAAACAAGAAAACUGAGAAAAUUUACAAAAUAACAGUGUCUGUUAAAUCAAGUUAAAAAUAAUUUUAGAGGCUUGAAAUAUUUACUGAAUAUUUAUAUAAGAAUUUUCUGGAUGCAGUGAAAUGUUCAAAAUACUCUGUCUAUUUUUUUAGUUAUUUAUAGCCAUUUGAAAUUCUUUAAUUCUUUUUAUUUGGUUUAUGUGGAUUUAAUUGUUUUUUACUUCACUAAAAUUUCAUCAAUGCAUAGAAUUUUGAAUAUAGGUUUUUAUUUGAAAAACAUAAUUAAUAGUGGUUUCCCCAUUAAAUAUAAACGUCAAAAAAAGAAUGGCAAUAGAGUAUUAAAGAACUGAGUUUAUAUUAAAGAAUAAUUUAUUUCCCCAAAAGAAAAUUAAAAACAGUUAAUACUUUUUUAAAUAAUGUAUAUUUAUGGAAAAUCGAUCUUCCUGUAUGUAUUGAUUAUUUGUAAUUAGUUUGUAAAUUGUAUAAUUUGUUUUUGGAAGUUAUUAUGUUUUAUUGCAAAUAAUUAUUUUUCUAAAAUAUUUAAAUUUAAUAUUCAAAAGAAAUUAUUCUUAUUUAUUUUCAGAAUUUUUAAUAUUGUUUCAUUAAAUUAAAUUUAUGAUGGGGUUUUUAUGGUUGGAACUGCUGUUAGUAAGGAGAAAUUCAGAUUGUGGUAUUGGUUUAUAGUAAAUCAAUUUAAAUAAUAACUUUUUUAUUUUCAGAUAUAAUAAAAUUAUAAUACCUAUAAGGGCUGAUUUUAAGUAUGAUAUAUAAAUAUUGCUGCUAUUAUUGAAUUGAUAUAGAACAACUAAUUUAAUAUGUAUGAAGUUUGUUGCACUUAGCACAUUUUCUGAUUCUUGUUUAAAUUUUUAUUGUACUUAUAGCAUUUUAUUGUACCUAUUUUUGAAUAAUAAUAAAACAAAUAUACAGGGUAAUUCAUUAAGCAUGUUCACUUUAUUUUUAUGGUAAAUUUUGCUUAUAUAAAAAUUUUAAUUUGGGAAUUUUUAAGUGUAGUUAAAGCCGAUAUUUUCGAAUACUUAGAUUUUUGGUGUUAACAUUUUUGAUUUCCACCAACCUGUUGAUGAGAUUCCUUUCUAAAGUUUAGGUAGGGGGAGAGUAGUAGAAUAUUAUUUGUAUGGCGGCACAGUACGUAUAAUUUUAUUUGUGCUCCAUUACUCUCACCCUACUUAAACUUAAAAGUUGAAUUAUAAUACCAAAAUUUAUUUAAAUCAAUACUUUAUCUAUUUAUGGAAUUUUUAAUAUAGAUUUUCAGUGGAAUACUAAAGUUGGUAUCACCACAGGGUACUCUUUAAAUGUUGUAAGUAUUCAAAAAUAAUAGUUAUGAAUAAACGUAAAAAAAUCGGAAUUUGAAUAUAUGCAAAAUUUAACCAUAAAAAUUGGGUGGCAUGUUAAUAAACAAUUCUGUAUAUUUGUGAGGUAUAGCUAUUAAAUAACAAGGUUUUCAUUUAAAAAUCUUUUUUUUUUUCGUUUAUUUAUUUUGUAAAUUGGUUAAACUGUGUUUGAAAUCAUUUUCUUGUAAUGCCUUUAAUACUUUUGUUGAUUUUGAAUUUAUGUCUUUAACUGACUUAUUGUGCUCUUUUCAAUGUGCUUUUAAUUUUGUUAAGAGCCAUUAGUCACAUGGUGUGAGAUCUAGAAAAUUAAGAUCCUUUAAAAGUUUAAAUGAUAUUAAUAAGUAAACUAAAGAACCAAAACUAACUAAACUGGUAUUUACUGUAUUUUUGAUGCAGUGAUAAUAUGAUAUUUAUUAUUUAUAAAUAUACCAAACAUUAUGCCCUUAUCACUAAUUUGAUGAUCUCAGUUAUUUCAUAGCUAUACCUUGUAUUAUGAAUUAUCUUAAUUUGUGCCUUUUACAUAAAUCAAUUAUGUAAUUGGACAAAUUUCAUGUGCUAGUGAAUUUGUUUUAUUAAUAAUUUCAUACAAUUUUUGAUUGAUUUGAUUGUGUUUACAUGAUGCUGGUGAAUCAUUAACUUACGAAACAGUUUGUGGUAUGUUUAUUAUAGUAAUUUUUUUUAUAAUAUACAGAUUAUUAAUAAUAAUUAUUGUUCAUAGAUAAUAAAUGAAUAGGUAGGUUAUUGGAGCUUAUAGCAAGUGGAAAUAUAAUAAAAUCAAAUUAAUAGCCCCCCCAAGAGGGAGCUGUAAUUUCUAAAUUUCUAUAGAGUUGUGAAUGUGACUAUUCUGGUCCAUCUAUCCAGUACAUAUUUUAAAAUUUCAGUUUUUAAUAUUUGAAUAUUAAAUACACCUUGCCAUAUUUCAUUGUAAAAUUAUUUUAUCUUUGGACCUUUAGCCACCUCUAUUAAUAUUUUUUCAUUAGCUCAUGUCAGAAUUUUAAUCGAAAAUAAACACCGAUUUGUUAUGCAAAAAUAUGUAACCGAAAAAAAAAAAUCACAAUAAAACCCUAUGUAGUGUUGAUAUAGCCAUAACUAAUCUGUAUAUUUAUUGUUUAUGUUAUUAGUAAAUAUGUCUAUAAUAAUAAAUGUAUGUAUAAAUAUAUAUAAUAGUUAAUUAAAUUACAGGAUUGAGUUAGUGGAAUAAAUUGUAGCCUAGAGAAAGGUCACAUAACUAGUGUUUAUUCCAUCACUAAUCAUGCAUAAAUUAGUGUAUGAAAUAGAUUAAUUGUAUUUAUUUAUUUUUGUUCAAAUUUUAAUCAAAUACUAUUUAUAAGGAGUGAACAAUUAUAAUAAUAUAGAUAACAGACUGUUAAACAAACAGUUAUUAAGAUGUUACUCUAGUCGGUUAAAAUUUAAAUUUAGCACUCGACGCUAGAAAGAAUAAAGUUGAAUAUAUCUUUAUGUUUUUAUUAUUAUUAUUUUAAUUCAAUAGUUAUAGGUGUUCAUAUUGUUUAUAACUUUUUAAUCCUUGUAAUAAUACGUUGU